ACCGAAACUAAAUUGCAUGAAGGAGGAAAUAAACCUGACUUGCGACUCCGUGUGCUCUUUUGUAGCUGAAAACCACUGGCUUAGUUUAUUUUAUAAUCUUCCUGGACAUAUUUAUUUGUCUUUUACUUGAAAAAAAAAGUUGCACAGUCAUGUCUAAGACGGCGGUUCUCAAAAUAAGCAGCGCCAACGCAGUUAAGGUGGAAAACUUCCGCCAGUCCCUUUAUCGCGAGGCAGAAAACCUGCUCUCUAAUUACAUCCCAAUGAAGAUCUUCCUGCUAGACGGUCUGCUCAAGGAUGAGGUCCUCAGCAUCAAAGACAUGUCCAGCCUCCAGGCCCCGCUGGAGAUCCCCAUCCCAGACCCCCCUGCCUCAGAGGAGGAGGAUAUGGAAACCGACAAGAAUGAAGACGAUGAGAAGAAAAAGAAGAAAGCCCCAAAAUGCGGCUUCAUCAAGGGGAACGAGAAGAUCAUGACGCUGCUGGACAGGGUGAAACCAGAGAUCGUUGGACUCAGAGAGGCCAUCAUCACUGUUUCCUGCUGGAUUCAACACCUAAUCCCCAAAAUAGAAGAUGGCAACGACUUUGGGGUUGCAAUCCAGGAGAAAAUCUUGGAGAGGAUCACCGCAGUGAAGACCAAAGUGGAUGGCUUUCAGACCAACAUUAACAAGUAUUUCUCAGAGAGGGGAGAUGCUGUUGCCAAAGCCUCCAAAGAGACUCAUGUGAUGGACUACCGCUCUCUUGUCCAUGAGAAGGAUGAGGCAAUCUACGCUGAGAUCAGAGUGAUUGUCCUCGACAUCCGCGGUUUCUAUGCUGAACUUUACGAUAUCAUCAGCAAGAAUCUUGAAAAAGUGACCAAUCCCAAAGGCGAGGAGAAGCCGUCAAUGUACUAAAGCUGGAGAGAACGCUCAUCUGCUGGAGACACAAGGACAGAUUUACCCACCUUUGCUCCCCCUGACAGAUUUCUUUCCUAUCUGGUUCACUCAGUAUCAUUCAACCUUUUUUUUUCUAUUAAAGUCAUGUUGAAUACGCAUGUAAAUCAACCAUGAAUCAAGUUUCGUCUUUAAGUUUUGCUUGUUCAAAUUAAAUAAAACAUCCUCAGUAUGAACUUGA